CAAAAAGAAUUAGUGUGGACCUUUGCCAAAUACACACCUCUCUUCUCCAGCAUUGCCAAUUCCUCUAUUAAAUACACCACCAUCUUCCCUUCUGCCAGCAUCCAUAUCUUGGUUUUCUUCUCUAGCUUCGCAAUCUUUAUUCUUGAAUUACUCUCUUCCAUACUGCAACAAAGAAAUUGAAUAGAAUGGCAUCGAAAAGAAUAUUGAAGGAGCUCAAGGACUUGCAGAGAGAUCCCCCAACUUCAUGCAGUGCAGGUCCUGUGGCUGAGGAUAUGUUCCAUUGGCAAGCCACCAUCAUAGGUCCAAAUGACAGUCCCUACGCGGGUGGUGUUUUCCUUGUUACCAUUCAUUUCCCACCGGAUUAUCCUUUUAAACCUCCCAAGGUUGCCUUCAGGACCAAGGUAUUCCAUCCAAACAUAAACAGUAACGGGAACAUCUGCUUGGACAUACUCAAGGAACAAUGGAGCCCUGCGCUCACCAUAUCAAAGGUUUUACUCUCCAUAUGCUCACUGCUUACAGAUCCAAACCCUGACGAUCCUCUUGUUCCUGAAAUAGCCCAUAUGUACAAGGCCGACAAGAUCAAGUAUGAGUCUUCUGCUAGGAGCUGGACUCAAAAGUAUGCCAUGGGAUAGGCCCUGAACUCCACCAUAUAUGUUCUUGUUUGAUAGUACUAUGAAUUUUUCCAUCAAUGAGUAUCUAUUGGUCAUACUACUAAUUGCGCAGCUUAUAUAUAGUGUGCUGAAUAAAAACAAGGAAACGUUACCAGACAGUAGUAACUUGUAAUUUGAGUCUCUCAUUUCUCGGACAUAAAUGGUUGGCCACUUUUGAACUUAUGGUUCCCCUUGUUCUUAGGUCAUGGUGUGUGUAAACUACUACUAAAUCUGCUCUGCAUUUGCAAUAAAUCUCUCAUUGAUGGUUUAUUUA